AUGGCCACAUUAUUAUUAGUUAUCAUUUUUAUGAUAACUUUUAUAAUUUACAAAAAUUUUGAUAGUAAAAGAAAAAAUAAAUAUCCACCGGGACCAAUUAAUUUACCAUUUAUUGGUGGAUUGUAUAAAUUAAAACCUGGUAAACAACAUUUAUCUUUAAAUGAGCUUUAUCAAAAAUAUGGAAAAGUAUUUUCAAUGAAAUUCGGUUCCUAUGACACUGUUAUCUUAAAUGAGCCUGAUGUUAUUGUUGAAGCUUUCCAUUUAAAUUCAACAUCUUUUAUGGAUAGAAUUUUAUUACCAUCAUUUGAAGUUGUUGGAAAGAAUCAAAACAUUGGUUUCACUCAAACUGAAUAUUGGAAAAAAAUUAGAGGUAUCUUAAAUAUUUCUUUAACAAAAUCAAAAACUCGUUUAUUAGAAGGUUUAUUUAAUCAAGAAUAUUUCAGAUUUGAUCAAUUUAUUAAAAAACAAUUAAAAUCAAAAAGUGAUACUAUGUUUAUAAGACCAUAUUUAAAAAGAUUAUCAUUUAAUAUUAUUUAUUCAUAUUUAUUUAGUGAAACUAUACCAUAUGAAGAUGAAUUGAUUCCAAGUGAUAUUUUAGAUUUUAUUCAUGCCUCUGAGGAAUUAUUAGUUGUUUUAAGUAGAAUGCCAUCUGAUUAUAUUAAAGUUUUAAGACCAUUUGAAUCACAUAAAAAAUUAAAAGAAAUUUGUGAUAGAAUGUCAAAAUUCAUUAAACCAAGAGUUGAUAAGAAAGUUGAAUUAUUGGAUCAAGAUAAUCCAAAAUGUUUCAUUGAUUAUUUAAUUUUACAAAUUAGAUCUGACCCAUCACAAACAAUUAAAAUUGAUGCAAUUCAAUAUAUUGUUUUAGAUUUAUUAGUUGGUGGUACUGAUUCAACAAGUUCUGCAUUAGAAUGGAUGAUUUUAUUCCUAUCAAAUCAUGAAUCAAUUCAAGAGAAAUUAUAUAAUGAAAUUUGUAAAAAUACUAAUACCAAUACUACUGCUACCACUACCGAAAAUGAUAAUGAAUCUUACUUUCCAAAAUUAAUUGAAAAGAAUAAUUAUCCAUUAUUUAAUGCAUGUGUAAAAGAAACAUUAAGAAGAUCUCCACCUGUACCAUUAGGUUUACCACAUCUUUGUAGUGAAGAUACUGAAAUCGGUGGUUAUUUAAUUCCAAAAGGUACUCAAAUCAUUAGUAAUAUUUAUUCAGCUUCAAAUUGUGAUAAAGUUUUCACUGAUCCAUUGGAAUUUAAUCCAUUACGUUUCAUUGAAAAUUCACCACCUCAAACAGUCACUUUUUCAACUGGUCCAAGAGUUUGCCCUGGAAAAAAUUUAAGUGAAGAUGAAUUAUUCUCUUUUGGUACAAAAUUAUUUAAAACUUUUAAAUUUUCAAGACCAAAUAAAAAUCAAUUAUAUGAUGAAGUAGCAAUUUUAGGUAUUACUUUAGAACCAAAACCAUUUAUUACUAAAGUAUCUUUAAGAUCUUAA